UCGAAGUGCAGCGAGCGUUGUCGGGAAGCCGAAAGCGAGAAAAGGCACAAAAAAAAAAGGGAGAGAAUGGAGCGCACGACUCGGCUACGGACGCUGGAGUAAACAGAAAUAGUCCUAAGAAACAAUUCUAGACACGGUCGAAGACGGAGAAAGUCGCGGAAGAAGCUAAAGUUAGUGUGGGGAAACAGUUUGAGACUCUUUCCCGGACGCCGAUUUGAAAACAUGGAUGCACUUUUCUCUCUUUUGCCGGGACUCCUGCUCCUCUUCUCGGCGGUUGGGGACAUCUCCGGGCAGAUGCCAGCAGCUCACAUGGGGCGCUCUGAAAAGGGAAGCUGCACGUUUGAUGAGGGCUUCUCCCAGUGUGACUACCAACAAGAUCCAUAUGACGACUUUGACUGGACACACAUCAACACACAGGAAGUGCCUUACGUAUCCCCAUACCUGCCCAAAGGUUCCUACAUGUAUGUGGACGUGUCUCAGUAUGAAGUUGGGGAGAAGGCCAGGUUUCAGCUCCCAUUGAUGAAGGAGAAUGACACGCACUGCAUUGACUUCAACUAUCUACUCACCAGCGCUGAUGGCUCCAGUCCCGGUACACUCAAUGUCCUCGUGAAGGUUAACAAAGGUCCCCUGGCCAACCCUAUAUGGAAUGUAACAUCAUACACUGGUAAAGACUGGCUAAAGGCUGAACUGGCGGUCUCCACCUUUUGGCCCAACGAAUAUCAGGUCAUAUUUGAAGCGGAGGUUUCGGACAGGAAAACCGGCUUCAUCGUUAUAGAUGACAUUCAGGUGCUCAGCUACCCAUGCGAUAAAUCCCCUCAUUUCCUGCGCCUGGGAGAUGUGGAGGUAAACGCCGGUCAGAAUGCCACCUUUCAGUGUAUCGCCACUGGGCGCGAUACAUCCAACAAUAAGCUUUGGCUUCAGCGGCGAAACGGAGAAGAUAUCCCCGUUUCUCAGAGGAAGAGCAUCAACCACCGAAGAUUCUCCGCCUCAUUCCAUCUCAACGAAGUCACCAAUCAGGAUCAAGAUCUUUAUCGCUGCGUCACCCAGUCGGAGCGUGGCUCGGGGGUGUCCAACUUCGCAGGUCUUAUUGUCAGAGAGCCUCCACACCCCAUAGCCCCACCGCAGCUGCUCGGCGUUGGGCCUACCUACCUGCUGAUUCAGCUCAAUGCCAAUUCCAUUUUUGGAGAUGGCCCUAUUAUACUUAAAGAGGUGGAGUACCGUAUGACAUCAGGCAGUUGGAUAGAGACUCAUGCAGUCAACUCCCCCAACUAUAAGUUAUGGCAUCUCGACCCAGACACCGAGUACGAGAUCCGAGUCUUGCUCACCCGACCGGGAGAGGGCGGGACAGGCAAAUCCGGACCACCGCUGAUUACACGGACCAAGUGUGCAGAACCCAUGCGUACUCCGAAGAGACUGAAGAUCGCUGAGACCAGGUCCCGCCUGAUAGCUGUGGACUGGGAAUCAUUGGGUUACAACAUCACCCGCUGUCAUACCUUUAACGUCACCAUCUGUUACCACUACAUGACGGCUAACAAUCGCAGCAAGGCUGACUGCCUGGACAUGGACCCCAAAGCACCACGUCACAUCGUAGGAAAUCUGCCACCUUACACCAACGUCAGUCUGAAGAUGAUUUUGACCAAUCCAGAGGGUCGAAAAGAGAGUGAUGAAACAAUCAUCCAAACUGAUGAAGAUGUUCCAGGUCAGGUUCCCACUCAGUCUGCAAGAGCCACACCAUUUGAGGACAGAAUUCUACUUUACUGGAAGGAACCGUCAGAGCCCAACGGAAUCAUCAUACAAUAUGAAAUCAGCUACAGCGGCCUGCGUUCUUUCGAUCCGUCGGUGCCUCUACAGCGGCCGGGACUCACGGUGUCUCUACCCUCCAACGCCACCCAUCACCUCUUCUCUCAGCUGCACCCAGGGGUCACUUACCAGUUCUCCAUACGAGCAUCCACCUCGAAAGGAUUUGGUCCUGCGACCACUCUGAAUGUGACUACUAAUAUUUCAGCCCCAACAAUAGAUGAAUAUGAUGGAUCAGAGGCCUUUCUGAAUGAAACUGCAACAACCAUCACUGUUCUGCUAAAACCUGCCCAGGCUAAAGGUGCACCAAUAAGUGCGUACCAGAUUGUAGUGGAGGAAGUGAAUCCCCGGAGAACGCGUCGCCAAGCUUCUUCCGACUGUUUUGAGGUUCCAGUUUCUUACCUCAGUGCAUCUACUGGUGGAUCCCCGUAUUAUUAUGCUGCUCAGCUGUCCCCCAGCAACCUCCCUGAGCCCCUCCCGUUCACGGUGGGAGACAACAAGACAUACCAGGGUUUCUGGAACCCUCCGUUGGCUCCCAGGAAGAACUACAACAUAUACCUUCAAGCUGUUAGCAGCACUGAGCGGGAAACUAAAACCCAGUGUUUGAGGCUUGCUACUAAAGGUGCCACUGAGGAGCCCGAAGUCAUCCCUGACCCCGCUAAGCAGACAGACCGUGUGGUGAAGAUUGCCGGUAUCAGCGCUGGUGUCCUUGUCUUCAUACUGCUGGUGCUUGUAGCCAUCUUAUUGGUCAAGAAAAGGAGGACCUACUAUUCAUACUCUUAUUACCUGAAGCUCGCUAAGAAGCGUAAAGACGCCAUCGGAACCACCCGCCAGGAAAUGACACAUAUGGUGAACGCCAUGGAUCGCAGCUACGCCGACCAGAGCACUCUGCACGCGGAGGACCCCAUGGCGGUGACCUUCAUGGACUCACACAACCACAACAACAGAUUGCCCAACGAUCCGCUGGUCCCCACUGCUGUGUUAGUUCCAAUCACAGACGAGAACCACAGCGCGUCAGCGGCAGAGAACAGCAGGCUUCUCGAUGUCCCCCGCUAUCACUGCGAAGGCACCGAAUCUCCUUAUCAGACGGGACAGCUCCACCCCGCCAUCAGAGUGGCCGACCUCCUGCAACACAUCAACUUGAUGAAGACGUCCGACAGCUACGGCUUUAAGGAGGAGUAUGAAUUGGUGAUGCAGAGUUUUUUUGAAGGCCAGUCAGCAACCUGGGACGUGGCAAAGAAGGAGCAAAACCGCACCAAGAACCGUUAUGGCAAUAUAAUAGCAUAUGAUCAUUCAAGGGUUAUUCUCCAGCCCAUUGAAGACGACCCCUCCUCCGACUACAUCAACGCCAACUACAUCGAUGUAAGUGGAAACGCGUCGAAUGCUACUAUUGGCUCCCAACGAAACCAACGAAACCACACUCCCUCGCUCAUUUGGCUGUACAGGGAUGGUUAUCAGAGACCAAGCCACUACAUAGCUACUCAGGGUCCUGUGCACGAGACCGUGUAUGACUUCUGGAGGAUGGUGUGGCAGGAACAGUCGGCCUGUAUUGUCAUGGUGACCAAUCUGGUUGAGGUCGGAAGGGUGAAGUGCUACAAGUACUGGCCAGAUGAUGCCGAGGUGUACGGUGACUUCAAGGUGACCUUUGUCGAGGUGGAGCCGCUUGCUGAAUAUGUGGUCCGCACGUUUACAUUGGAGAGGCGUGGUUUCAAUGAGGUGCGAGAAGUCAAGCAAUUCCACUUCACAGGCUGGCCCGAUCACGGAGUUCCGUAUCACGCCACGGGACUACUUUCCUUCAUCCGCAGGGUUAAAAUCUCUAAUCCACCCUCUGCUGGGCCUAUUGUGGUCCACUGCAGUGCCGGGGCAGGACGUACGGGCUGCUUCAUCGUCAUCGACAUCAUGCUGGACAUGGCCGAGAGGGAAGGCGUGGUGGACAUCUACAACUGCGUCAAGGCACUUCGGUCCAGGAGGAUCAACAUGGUACAGACUGAGGAGCAGUACAUAUUCAUCCACGAUGCCAUAUUAGAGGCGUGUCUCUGCGGAGAAACGGCCAUUUCCGUCUGUGAGUUCAAAGCGGCUUUCUAUGAGCUCAUCCGCAUCGACUCCCAGACCAACUCGUCCCACCUGAAGGAUGAGUUUCAGACUUUAAACUCAGUGACUCCUCAGCCUCAGCCUGAAGACUGCAGCAUUGCGUUGUUGCCUAGAAACCAGGAUAAGAACCGCUUCAUGGACGGUCUUCCUCCUGAUAGAUGCCUGCCCUUCCUCAUCACAAUAGACGGGGAAAGUAGCAACUACAUCAACGCGGCUCUCAUGGAUAGCUACAGACAGCCUGCUGCCUUCAUCGUCACCCAGCACCCUCUGCCCAACACCGUCAAAGACUUUUGGCGUCUGGUGUACGACUACGGAUGCACCAGUCUGGUGAUGCUCAAUGAGAUUGACCUAGCGCAGGGCUGUCCCCAGUACUGGCCGGAAGAGGGCAUGUUGCGUUAUGGGCCCGUCCAAGUAGAAUGUAUGUCCUGCUCAAUGGACUGUGAUGUCAUCAGCAGGCUGUUCAGAGUUUGCAACCUCACAAGGCCUCAAGAGGGCUACCUGAUGGUUCGUCAGUUCCAGUACUUGGGCUGGGCGGGUCACAGGGAGGUCCCGGCCUCCAAGAGGUCCUUCCUCAAGCUCAUCCUGCAGGUGGACCAGUGGCAGCGUGAGGGAGAGGAGGGGGAGGGAAGAACCAUCGUUCAUUGCCUAAACGGAGGCGGGCGUAGUGGCGUGUUCUGUGCCAGCAGCAUCGUGUGCGAGAUGGCCAAGAGGCAGAGCGUGAUCGACGUCUUCCACGCCGUCAAAACGUUGAGGAACAGCAAACCCAACAUGGUCGACGCUCCGGAGCAGUACAGGUUCUGCUACGACCUGGCACUGGAGUUCAUUGAGUCCUCCUAAGCAUGUGGGAAAACGGUGGAGGAGUACAGAAAACCACCCGCCACCCUUCCCUUGCCACCUCCGAGCCCCCUCGCCACGCGGCGGCCGCUCACCAGUAGCACGUCGCCAUUCCUUACAGAGCGCCGUCUAUUGGACAUGUGCUGAGGAGACUGCUUUUAAGCUGAUAUUGUACACCUUUUUGAGUGCCAGUGGGCCCCUGGAUGCGAGGAGCCACAAGUCAACAAUGUUUAGUCUCUCUACACGCCUAUCGCUCCAUAACUGCCACCAGCUUCAGGUGAACGUCAUCAGGAUGUUCUUUUUAAGGUCUUUUUAGUCAAUCAGAAUUAGAUCUUGAAAAACGUAAACUAACCUAAAGGUCAUUUAGAAAGACUGACACAAAAGAACGUUUACAUGUUGAGUAUUAUUAGGCUUUUACGUUUGUCAUGUCAUGAAGAAGAAACUUGUAGUCAAAUGAAAUGUGAUUUUUAUUUGUGUCCUUUUUUUUUGUAAGUUGAUUUUCUUUUGUCUUUUAGUGUUAAAGUAAACACCUUUGGCUUUAUUUGUGUUGUAAUUGAGGGCUGGGCCCAAAACACUUUCAAUUCCUCACACCGAAUGAGCUCUUUAAAGAAAUAUGAACUAAUUAGUGUUCUGACAGGUUCAAAGCGACCAUUAACGCUGUCCCUUGGCUUCGUUUAUUUUGUGCACUGGCGGCCUACCGUCAUAUUUUCUCUCUUCUUAUGGCGUCGCCGAUGUUUUAUUCAUAAGCCAAAGACUUGUUGUAAAUAUGUGUAUACGGUUGAAGCACAUUGUUCGUAUUUAUUGUUUACUUGCGUUGCUUAUAAGAACAAUCAUUCUUCACUCCCACCACCACCAUAAAUGGGCCCACCAGUGAGCGGCGAGUGUAAGAACAUGCUGUAUAUUGGAGCAUUAGAGGUACAUUAGUUUCUUUUUUCUCUCUCCUGUAUUUACUCUGUAGUAUUGUCUUGUUUUAAUUUGAAAUGAGUCUUGUGACAUUACUGUGCUUUAUUUGGUGCAAAACAGCCUCGUCGCUCCCGUCGUGGUCAGAAUUUGGCCUCAUUGUCGAAACGAGAAGAGCUAUUUUCUAUCCCGCCAGCCGUGAAAGUGACGCUUGUGCCUGAUCGUUUUUGGUGUGUUUUGUUUCAAGCGGAUGGAUGGAGAUCAAACUUUGUUGAAUGCGUCCUCGUGGACCAGCGGCGUUGUCACAAUGUUGACUUUUGCUGACUGACGUGUUUCUGUUUCGCACAAGCUCCAUUCGGACAAAACUAAAACAAAGUUUGUAAAUAGAAUAUAAGGCUCUAGAAAGGUUGCAUCCUGUAAAUAGACGAUACGUUAAAAGGCUCUAAUGUUGAGAUUUAAUUGACAGGUGAAAUGUUACAGCAUCGCUUCUGUUUGUACAGACAAAUGUUAAAUGUGUAUUCUCUCAGUGGAACCUAAAUUGUUUUUCUUUUUAGUUCUCGUUUUUUUGUUUAAAAAAAAAGAAAAGAUGUCAAGUAAUAGGGAAACCACGGAUUUAGUGACUCGCAUCACUAAAACAAAGAAAUCCACCAUUCCAGUAAAAGUGACCAUGAGUGACGUUUGCUGCCAAGCCAGUCUGAAUAUAAAGUCAAUAUUCAUAGUUAUUCUUGUCUGUAAUGUUUGGCUUCUUUGCUGUAAUAAUAAAAAAAAAGACUACUACUUUCAAAAAGACUUUUAUUUCAUGAAUACAUUAAUCAGGAAAUCAUUGAUAGUGCGCUUCACUUGCCCUUCCCGGACUGUCCUGUCAUUUGCACGCAAAUUAUUAGCAGGGGUGAUUGGCUCUCGAUAGCCACCCCCACCACACACUGCGUCCUAUUGGCUACUCGUUGCUUCCCUUCCCAAAAAGGGGCAGCACUGCCUUCCCAGUCUGCAUGUAGAUUAAACUUGUGGAAUUGUAUUGUUGUUGUAUAUUUUAUGUGCUUAUUAUCUGAU